AGUUCUUUGAAAGUUGGAAAAUUUUCAACAUCAGUGAAUUCAGAAUAACACAUAUCCAACAAAAAUGUCUCUAGAACGUCAAGUCCGUAACAAACUCGCCGCUAAACGCGACCCCCAACAAGACAAAGAAGCUCAAGAAUGGAUCGAGGCUAUCCUUGGAGCCAAAUUCCCUCCAGGUGAAGCCUACGAAGACGUUAUCCGUGACGGAACUGUCCUCUGCCAACUUAUUAACAAAUUGGCUCCAGGAUCAGUCCCCAAAAUCAACACAUCUGGUGGACAAUUCAAGAUGAUGGAAAACAUCAACAACUUCCAAGCGGCAAUCAAGGCCUACGGUGUCGCCGACAUCGACGUUUUCCAGACCGUCGACCUCUGGGAGAAAAAAGAUAUCGCCCAAAUAACCAAUACUCUCUUUGCUCUUGGCAGACAGACCUACAAGCACGCUGAAUGGAAAGGACCAUACCUAGGACCCAAACCCGCUGACGAAAACAAAAGAGAAUUCACUGAAGAACAACUUAGAGCUGGUGAGACUAUGAUUGGGCUCCAAGCUGGUCAAAACAAGGGAGCUUCCCAAGCCGGACAGAACAUGGGUGCUGGUCGCAAAAUUAUCCUUGGAAAGUAAUUUAUUUAUUUUUUAACUUUUACACCAUUUUUUAAUUUGUAUACGUAACUUUUAUUUUUUAAUUUAUUAUAACAAUAAAGUUUAUUUUUAACAGU